AUGCGCCGAAGGGCGGCUAAGAAGGCCAAGCUCCUGGGGCGUGAGGCGUUGAGAAGAAGAGAGGAGAGGCGGAGAAGGGAGAAGAAGAAGGACAAAAUGAAGUCGAAGGACAGUGGAUCCGAGAGCUCAGAAGACGCAGGGAAGAAAAAGAAGAAGGACAGUGACUCGGCAAGCGAGAGCGCUGCGAAGGUCAAGCGAAAGAAGAAGGCAAAGGACUCCAGCGAGAGUUCCAAGAAGAGGAAGGAGAAGCGGAAGGAGAAAGCAAAGAAGAAGGCCUCAGACAGCACAGAGGUGACCAAAAAGACGGGCAAAAAGAAGCGAGGGUCGGAUGACAGCACAAAGAAUGGCGCCAAGAAGAAGAAGAAACAGGAGAAACGGUCAUCGGAUGAGGACAGUAGCAGCAAGGACUGGAAGAAGAAGGCCAAAAAGAAGAAAACCUCAGAGGCCGAGGAGAGUUCGGAUGAAGAUGGCAAGCAGAAGAAGCAGAGGCAGAAGAAGCAGAAGGAAGAAAAGAUGAAGAAAGCAAACCAGAAGCGCAAGGACAAGGCGAAGUUGGCAAAGAAAGCAAAGGAGAAGCAAUCUGCAAGCGACAAGGAGAAGAAUACGAAGGCAAAGAAGACGGCCUCUUCCAAAGGCGAUGAGGGAAGCGCAAGCCCUCCAAAGCAGCCAAGGACUGGGAGCUCAUCCUGA